ACAAAAUUAAUGGAAUGGGUAAGCAUUUAAUGUUUUGAAAUGGGGAAACAUUUAAUACUUUGGAAUGGGGAAACAUUAAAUGCUUUGGAAUGGGUAAACAUUUAAUGUUUUGAAAUGGAAAAAAAAUUAAUGCUUUGGAAUGGGGAAAUAUUUGAUGCUUUGAAAUGGGAAAAUUAAUGCAUUGGAAUGGGGAAACAUUUAAUGCUUUAUUAGUAGCACUUUGAUCCUCGAUAAUAACGUUAAUUCUCUCUUAUAAAUGUCUUAACGUCAGUUAUUAACAGACAUAAUCAUUAUUCUCCGUAACGAUUAUUGUACAUGUGUUCUAUUUUUGAAUUCUAUGUAUUUUCCGGUAGCGCAAUAUUUUUUAAUCAUCUAAUGUUAGCCUGGUAAUAUUAGAUAUAUAAUGUUAGCCUGUCUAAGUUUCACUUCUAGCAGUCCUCCACUGGUCAGUCCCAUCAGGAAUUGACUCAAUAGAGUUCAGGACUUUUGCUGAAGAAGCCAUUUUGAAAGUUAACAGUAUCCAUGUUUAUAAAGAUUACACCAGUUUAUGAAGGCGAACCAAAGUUAAACAUGUCUUGCUCGAGAUUGGAAGUUACCCGUACUACUAUUUUCACCAGUUUACGUUCUCAUUUACAAUCUAACGUUAUAUCUUUUUCUAUCAUAGUAAUAAAUAUCUACUGAUAUAUUAAAAAAUCGUCCAUUUGAUUUGAUUUAUUGAGAUUGCGAACAACACAUUACACGUGAAUAUUGCCGAGUGCUAUUCUGUUUCAAGUCCCGUUGUAAGUUAAUUAGGUUAAUGUCAUGUUCAAAGGAAAAUACAGGCAUAACAGUUGUUCAACUAUAAGCCCAUCAGCUGGACCAACAACUUAUUACUAAAUAAUGUUGUAAGAUCACUAACCGGCAAAAAAGUCGCAAUGGAACAAAACUAAUUGUGAAAACUCCUUUUUGUAACUCGUGGGUAAUGUUUUCACUACGUUAAACAUUCCAUCUCAAGCCAUGGCGCAUCACCAUUACUGCUACAUUAUAUGGGUUAUCAGUGUCUGUCUUGUUUCCGUACCCUUUGACCUUGGAUUCAUGCCAUCAAUAUCAACAUGGCUGCCGCACACCCAGAACCCCACGUCAGCGCAGUUCGUCCUCGUUCCUACCAAGAUGAGAGCUAUCUGCACGGAUUUCUUGAAACUGUGGACGACUUACAAAAGGCUGGGGUACUGCAGGAUGUCGUCCUUGAAGUCGAGGACCGGUGGUUUCCCUGCCAUCGGCUUGUUCUGUCCGCGGCCAGCCCCUACUUCAGGGCCAUGUUUACAAGUGACAUGGCGGAAAGUCGUCAGAAGACGGUAGUUUUACAGGGUUUGGAUGCAAACAUUUUUGGGGAGAUCCUGAGUUACAUCUACUCGGGAACCCUCCAUGUGUCCCUGGACAAAGUACAGCCCCUGUACCAGGCAGCCGACCUCCUCCAACUGAACUAUGUGAGAAACACCUGCAGCAGCUACAUGGCCAUGAACGUGGAGUGCUCCACCUGUGUGGACCUGUACAAGUUUGCUGAUUUCUUCGCUCUGGUGAAUGUCCGAAAAUCUUGUCUGAGGUGCAUUGAUAGAAAAUUUUUUGAGGUUGCCUCCAGCAAGGAGUUUUGCAGCCUGAGUGUGAAUCAGCUGACUGAGAUCAUCAGCCAUGAUGAGCUAGAUGUUAAAGAUGAGACAACAGUGUGGGAGGCUGUGGUGAGAUGGGUGCAGCACAGCAGGGAAGAAAGACUGCACCACCUACCCAGCAUCCUCUCUCACAUCCGGUUCAACCUGUUGACCUCAGACUACACGGCAGCCAUCUUGGAACACCCCCUUGUCAAGGAAGAUCCUGGGAGCUCUGAGGUCAUCAGGAAUAUUAUGGUACAGGAAAGGAACCAUGAUGUGAAGCCGGGGCCUGAGGUAACCAUGGAGAUGGCUCUGCUGUUUGAUACAGGACGCAGUUCCAGAAAGCUCGUCUUUAUGAACCCUCGAGAAGGGAAGUACAUCAGCUGCAGAUACAAAACUCAAGACCUCCCUAGUGUCACAGAUGUGACAAUCACCAGUGACAACAACAUCUACAUCCUGUCUCGUGAAAGAGACAGUAACGAUCAAUUGUCUGUGUUUAAGUACAACCAUGCGGGUAAUGUGUGGGAAGAUGCUGGUAUGUCCUCUGUAUCUAAGUGGUUAAAACUGGAAAAACUGGACGGUCGUAGUUACUACAAUGAGCACUUUGUUGAAGUUGAUGGGAUUUUAUUCUAUCUUGCUGUCCAUCGAGUCGAAGGCUAUGAGUCUGUGCAGAUGAGAAAGUACAACCAGCACACAGACCAGUGGGAGAUGUGUUCACAGCUUGAACUAGACAAUACUAUUUACGACUUCAGUGCCGCAUUGUCUUGCAGUUCACACUUGUAUGUCCUAACAGGCUUGGAAUUGUACUGCUACGACCCGAGCCAGGACCGUUGGAGCAAGCGGACCCCACCGAUAACCACUGAUGACAUCUGUUCAGCUGUGGUCAUGGGAACAGAGAUUUUCUGCUCAGAUGGUAACUUCACUGUUGUGUACGAUACAGAGUCAGACUCCUGGCAGGAACUGCAAGAUUGGCCGGACCCGAGAAGCAGUAAUAUCAAUGCUCUUAAGCUUUUCGUACUGGAGAACCAGCUGCACAUACUGUUAACCUGUACCAGCAACUCCCAGGAAGGAUACAUAAAUCUGGUAUAUGUGCAUGACAGGUAUGCAGAUACCUGGAGAGACUUGGAGGCCAAUCUGCCCAACGGUACAAGAGUGCUACAUGGUUUUGAGUUCCCUGUGGCACGUAUGUAUCUUCCAUAUCUUAGUUCACAUAAUGAGGACACAUAGACGAAUAGAAUUAUAUACCAGUACUUCCAUGUCAAAGUCGAUAGGAUUUUAUAGUAUGUUUUUAUGGCACUAGUUUUGUAUGUGCUGAUUUAAUUACGAGAUAGUACUUAGUACUCGCUUCAGGCACUUGUUUGCAUCAGCAUCAGCAGACCUGUCAUAGCUUUGAUUCAUGUUGUUCCAUAUACAUGUGCCAUGAGGCACGUACCUACCAUUGGUGCACUUGAUAUGGACACAUAGAGGCCUAAAUUUGGAAAACAACGAUGACUAUCUUGUUGAAGUUAAUCAGAAUUUGAUGUUUUUUUUUUAAUUAAGAUAGUAGUGAGUAGUCUUGUCAGGCAUGUUUUUGCUUGUAUUGGCAUCAGCAGACCUAGCUGCCUCUAUUUUGAUUCGCUAGGACAGUACUGUUUAACGCCAUCUCGGUCUUAUUUCAGUUUUCUAUAAAUGGUGUUAUAGAAUAUAACUGUGCAUUUAAAGUUGCACUUUGACAUUUAUCAGAAAAUGAAUGCUUGUUUCCACAGGCAGGCUGCCUAAUGACGAAUAACCUGAUAAAUAUGUCUUUAAAACCAAUGGAUGGAAGGAUUGUCUUUUUACCGGACAGCACAUGCUUUAAGAAGCUUGUGAAGUGAUUGUAUUCUGUUCUAUCUAUCCUUUGAUUCAUUAUCUAAAUCUAGAGAGAUUAAAUUACCAUUGUUUUCAACAAAUACUCGGAAAUGAAAUUGGAAUAGAAAUAUCUAGUUGCUAUGUAAUAUUUCCACUAUCAUUUUUGUGCCUUGCACAUGUACGCAAAAUAGGCAGAACAUCGUUAGUCAGACCACUUUCCUUGGUGACUUGCUUUCGCCAAGAACCACAUCUUGCCAGUCUGUUACGAACUAUACAAACAGCAAAGGUGAAAUUCCUUAACAACAUGUUAUUUAGGGCAGCACUGAUCACUUCGUGUUGACCCUUGAGCCACACAGCAGCAAGCAAUAUUGAAGUGCUGACCAGCAAAGGAGAAUAUGACAUUUUCAGACAAGUCUUUGGUAUAGAAUCAAAGCGGAAGAAAGCGAAUUCUAAGUGAACGCUCUACAAUGUAUGAUAAAUGCCUAGCAUAAAUAUUAUUUCUAUAUCAAAUGACAAGCAUAGAUAUUAGCCUCCUUCACCGGCCUCUCUGGGGGCAUUGGCGUAAGUUGUUGUUGUGUGUGUGUUUGUUAGGGUGGUGGUAUGCGUGAUUUUAACUGGAAAUACGCCACCGAAGGAAAAUAUGUCAGCAAAGGAAAAAUGCCGGGAGAGGAAAAUAUGCCGGGAAGCUUGUACUCGCCCAGACAUAUUUUCCCUCCGCGGCAUUUUUUUUUCUUUCCCGACAUAUUUUCAUUGAUUAUAGCCCGAGACGUUGUUGCAUAUCGUAAUGCAAUUUAUUAAAAGUUGGUAUUGCUGA